GCGCCGCGCUUUCUGCGGUGGCCGGUGGCCGCGUAGCCCGCCUCCAGCCCCGAAGCUGUGUGACAUAGAUCCUGGGGAGUUUGGGACCCAGUCAGUCCGGAGCGGACCCCGGGGUGCAGGGUCGUCUUGGAGACGGUGGCUUUGGAGCUUCCGCCCAGUGGGGACCGCAGAGGACGAAGUUCAAAGCUCUGCUAAUUUCAUGAACUCCCUAGCCAAACAACUGAACCUAAAAUAAAGUCGUCCCUACUGUGGUGUGACCUCCUUAGUAGUACUUUGAAGACCCUGAAAGGCAGUGGCUGCAACUGCUGAGCUGGAUAUACACCGCAGAUGUGAAAGCCAGACUAAGGUCCUUGGAGAUGAAGGGCUGGAGCUGAGGCCCUCGGACACAGGAGGGCAUGGGGGUCUGAACCACGCUGCCUUGUGGCCACCAGUGCCUCUCUCCAAGAACAUGACAACAGCGCAGGAUGGCCAUGGGCAAGGUGCCACAGACACUUGUCCAGCCUCCAACCCGAAGGCCCCCAAAAUGGUGACAUCCUGUGCAAUUCAGAAUGGAGGGUGCAAAAGCAGUCCCAGCAGCAACCCCGACCCGGACCCUGACGCCCCAGAAGCCAGGCUCAGCCCAUCCAAGCUGGUGCGUCUCUUCUCGGUCAGCCGCAAGAAGAUGAGCGCCCACGCCGAGAGGCCCCGCUCCGUGGUCCUCGUGGGGAAUUCCUCCACGUGGAACGCCCUGGCCUCCUUCCGCAAAAUGGGAUCUUUUAAAAAACUGAAGUCGUCUGUCCUUCAAGGCAUUCAGAACCACCGGGACGGGGCCGACGCCUCCAGGGAAGACAGAACCGAAGGGCACCCGGCAAGAGCCGUUCCCAACGGUGCCAUCCUGGGAAAGGAGCCGGCGGCCAGGUGCUUGCAGUUCGCGUCCCUGGGCUCGGCGGGGGACGGGGCGGCCUCCGACUGCUCGGACCCCGAGGACACCGAGGAUGCCUUCCAGCGGAGCACGCACCGCUCGCGCAGCAUCCGCAGGGCCUACGGCCUGGGCCGCAUCAGCCUGCUGGACCUGGGCCGCCAGCCGGCGCCGAACUUGAACUUGAACUUGAACCCGAACCCCGCGGGCGGGGGCCCCGCGGCCCUGCAGCGGAGGAGCAAGAGCACGGACAGCCUGAGCUUCCUGAAGAAGAGCUCCUUCAAGCGGAAGUCCACGUCCAACCUCGCCGAGCUGGCGGGCGCCUGCGACCGGCCCGCGGCGCCGCCCAGGACCCUGAGCAGCUCCUCCGCCGACUCCGAAAGGCUGGGCGGCUCCGAGAGGAGGAGCCGGCGCUGGAAGAGCCCCAUUCGGGCCAAGGAUUUCGAUCGAGUCCUCCGGCUCGUGAGCAGUGUCAAGGAUGGAGCCUGGAAGAGAGAGGCUCCCAAGGGUUCGAGCCCCGGCCCCGGCGCCGGCGGCGAGGCGAACCCGCCAGUGCGGCUGCGCAGCCGGCUGCACGACGACUACUCGCGCCGCUCCAGCAGGAACAUGGAGCCCGAUUCCCGGAGCUCAGCCGCCGCCUCGGGACUCCACCUGGACGUGGACACCGCCGUGUGCCCGCUGGAGGCCAAAAGCUGCCCCCGGCCCUCAGGCAGCCUCUCCUCUCGCCUCUUCCACCCCGAAGGCUUGAGCCAAGCCUCCCACGAGGCCAGCGCUGGCAGCCGGCCUCCAUUCGACCCGGUGCAGCCUCCCACCCCUCUCAGACCCACCACGCCCAAGCCCCAGAGCCCUGGGAGCGCCAAGGGCCCAGACAGUCGCAGUGCGCUGUCCCUGAGCUCCGUUGACAGCGAAGAAAGGACAGAAGAUGCUGCUCACAGGCAACCCCGGCCUGUGUCCCCCCAGGAUCCUGUGCCCACCACCAGUGCCGAAGAGGUCAGAGAAGAAAGUGGUGACAGUCCUCCUCAACCGAGCCAAGGUGGGGCGGCCAGUCCAGAGGAGAAGAAACAGGUGGUGUCUGAUGAUGACUGGAGGCCAGGCACAGCCCAAGAGGAGCGGACCGAGGCACCCCGCAUCUCCAGGAGGAGAUGGAGCUCAGGAAGGCACACUGGGCCACGGCCACUGUCUGACUACAGUCAGCUGGCCAGCCGAAGCCUGUCCAUUCCUGAAGAUGCCAUCGCCGUGGGUCCCCUGGGUGAGGAACAUGUGGACGGAGUGACCCCGGCGACCAUGGCCACCACCAGCCAAGACCCAAGCAUCUACGCCACCUGCCCUAAAGGAGGCCGGAGAAGACGACCUAUGUCAGUGAUCGGAGGGGUCAGCCUCUAUGGCGACACCCCAGCAGAGGAUGUGGAGAACCUCCUGACCCAACCGGCAGCCAGGCCGCCUGUGCCUGCACACCAGGUCCCACCCUACAAGGCUGUGUCUGCCAGGCUCCGACCUUUCACCUUUUCCCAGAGCACCCCCAUUGGGCUGGACCGCGUGGGUCGCCGGCGGCAGAUGAGAGCAUCCAAUGUUUCUUCAGAUGGAGGUACGGAGUCUUCAGCCUUAGUGGAUGAUGGUAGUGAGGAGGACUUCAGCUAUGAAGAGCUCUGCCAAGCUAACCCUAGGUACCUGCAGCCAGGCGGGGAACAGCUGGCCAUCAAUGAGCUGAUCAGCGAUGGCAGCGUGGUCUGUGCUGAAGCGCUGUGGGACCACGUGACCAUGGACGACCAGGAAUUGGGCUUCAAGGCUGGGGAUGUCAUCCAGGUUCUGGAAGCCUCCAACAAGGACUGGUGGUGGGGCCGGAAUGAGGACAAGGAGGCCUGGUUCCCUGCCAGCUUUGUCAGACUUCGAGUCAACCAGGAGGAGUUGCCCGAGAGCCCUGGCAGCCCCCUGGGCGAGGAGCAGGCAGAGGACUCCAGCAAGGCCCGCCACAAGCACCCCGAGAGCCAGCAGCAGAUGAGGACCAAUGUCAUCCAGGAGAUCAUGAACACGGAGCGGGUGUACAUCAAACACCUCAAGGACAUCUGUGAGGGCUACAUCCGACAGUGCCGGAAGCACACGGGAAUGUUCACUGUUGCACAGCUCGCUACUAUUUUUGGAAACAUUGAAGACAUUUACAAAUUCCAAAGGAAGUUUCUGAAAGACCUUGAGAAACAGUACAACAAAGAGGAACCUCACUUGAGUGAGAUCGGCUCCUGCUUCCUUCAGCACCAAGAGGGUUUUGCCAUCUACUCAGAGUAUUGCAACAACCACCCGGGUGCCUGCGUGGAGCUCUCUAACCUCAUGAAGCAGGGCAAGUACCGGCACUUCUUUGAGGCCUGCCGCCUACUGCAGCAGAUGAUCGACAUCGCCCUGGAUGGCUUCCUGCUCACCCCCGUGCAGAAGAUCUGUAAAUACCCGCUGCAGCUGGCCGAGCUGCUCAAGUACACCACACAGGAGCACAGCGAUUACAACAAUAUAAAGGCAGCUUACGAGACCAUGAAGAACGUGGCCUGUCUGAUCAAUGAGCGCAAACGGAAGCUGGAGAGCAUCGACAAGAUCGCGCGCUGGCAGGUGUCCAUCGUAGGCUGGGAGGGCCUGGACAUUCUAGACCGAAGCUCCGAGUUGAUCCACUCUGGGGAACUGACUAAGCUCACAAGGCAGGGCAAGAGCCAGCAGCGGACCUUCUUCCUGUUUGACCACCAGCUGGUGUUCUGCAAGAAGGACCUGCUGCGCAGAGACAUGCUCUACUACAAGGGCCGCAUGGACAUGGAUGAGGUGGAAUUGGUAGAUGUGGAAGAUGGGCGGGACAAGGACUGGAACCUCCCUGUGAGGAAUGCCUUCAAGCUCGUCAGCAGAACCACAGACGAGGUUUAUCUGUUCUGUGCCAAGAAACAAGAAGACAAGGUGAAGUGGCUGCAAGCUUGCACAGACGAGCGGCGGCGGGUGCAGGAGGACCAGCAGAUGGGAAUGGAAAUUCCAGAAAAUCAGAAGAAACUCGCCAUGUUAAAUGCUCAGAAGGCAGGACAUGGGAAGUCUAAAGGCUAUAGCAGCUGCCCUGCGGCCCCACCACACCAAAGCCUGCCCCCAAUUCACCAGCGCCAUGUCACCGUGCCCACCAGCAUCCCCCAGCAGCAGGUCUUUGCCCUGGCAGAGCCCAAGAGGAAGCCUUCGCUCUUCUGGCAUACCUUCCACAAACUCACCCCAUUCCGGAAAUGAGCCUGUUGAGGACUUUACCUCCUUGAGGCACUGUGUGUGGGUAGACCAGUUUUGUGUCUUUCAACAACAUGUCUGGGGAUGAGUCCGGUGCUGAACGUUUCUUUUGGGUGCUCAAUGAAGGAGCAAAGCAGUUGACCUCACCUUCGCUCUUGAGAGGCCCAGUCGCCUUAGCGCAAGAAAGGUCAUGAUGCACAGCUCUGUCCCACUCAGGAGCCCAAGCAGCACUCUGAGGUGGUGGGAAUGUGGGAACCAGGGUCCCACUCUGAGACAAAUGCUAACACGGUGGCCCUGCACCCUAGCCAGUGAUGAGCACACUCCUGCUACAGUUCCUUCCACACAGCACCAAAAGCCUUUUGGUCUCUAAGAGGUGACUAUGCUGAGGACCACAUCUGCAUUUGACAUUGAAGGGACUCAUGGACAUGGGCCAGGUUUGCUCACACCUAGAUGAAGUGCUCUUGUUUCCUGCUCCAACACUAGAGGAGCAGCAGCUGCUGGGCAGAUACCCUCAGCAUUUGCUGGUGUCAUCUGAGUCCACGCAGAUGCCAAACAGAAGUGCAGGCUUCCUCUAGGAAGGUCGCUCUUUGACAAGCUACUGGGAUUCAGGAGCACCUGUCAAAUUGUCAUUGGGGCAGCACGACUUUCUGGGCCUGUCCCCUCGGUCCUUGCACGUGCAGAGGUGUGGCUUGCCCCCUCAUCAUAACCUAAGAUCCUUUCAUUCACACAAGUGAGGAUGUGAAGUGUAUUCAUUUACUUCUAUGACAUUAAAAGGCCCUGGUCAGAAGGCAUUCGUAAACAUACCUGCUCAUCGUCAGUGGCUGUUUCCAAUGAAAUUAUAAAGUCCUGAACAUUCCAUGGAGAAAACAAGGGGCAAAACAGUCCUGCUUCCUGGGGUUUUGCAGACACCUUUGUCACAUGACCCCUCAACAAACGUGCAUGUCCAUGUCAACGUGGGCACAGCAAGAGCUUCUGGAGAUUUCCUUAGCAGAGUCCCUAGGCUCCAAGAAAAAGGGCCUUUGUCAACAGUGUAAGGCUUGAUGCAAAUAACGUUUAACUAGGUGUGGAGAAGGCAGGCUCUGCAUUUUAAUCUCAACAUGGUGGCUGGGAGGGAUUGUGUUGUGCACAUAGUGGGUUUCUGUGGGACAUGCUUGAUUUUAUAUGCUAGCCUCACAGAGUCCUUCUCUCAUCAGCUCAUACUUGACAAUAAACAAGUCUUUAAUGGCAGAUAUAAAA